UCAGUGACAGCAAUCCACUCCUUUACGACUGCUAAAACCUUGUGUGCAUAGCACAACUGCGGCGUCUUAUUCAAGAAAGGAGAAGGUAUAAGAGGAACAGCACCAGGCCACCCUUUCAGAGCAGCUAGCAGCCGGCUUGACAUUACUGUGCGGAAGAUAUGGCACGCAAAUGUACACUGGCGUCAUCGGCUCUUGCGCUAUGUAUAUUUAUAAGCCUGGUUGAUGAUGGUCCUGAAGCACUAAGUGGAGGCGUUCGUAUGGACUUCUCACCAAUUUACAUUAAGGACCAAGACAUCACAAUGGUGUUUCGAAGAAAGAGUGAUUGGUGGCUAUUCGGUUUGUACUUUCCGGUUGGGCAGAUUACUGACAACAGAGAAUGCAUGCAUAUUCAAAGGCAGGAACAAAAUGGCACUAAUAUAAAAUUGAAAGGCAUCGGCGGAAGGGGCAAUGAACAGACGGAGAUAGUCAUCUAUGGACAGUUCUAUAAGUGUGAUGAUAUAUAUGGAAUGGAAAAUGGCCAGCGGACACACCCAAAUUGUCUUAGACUUACCCCAGCAGAUCCAACGUUUGGAACAAACUACAGAUUGGUCUAUUUAGAAUAUGGGAAGUGUUCUAUCUUCCGAGUGAUGGACGUGGGCGAAGGAUACGGCUGCGCGGUUCUUCUCAUCGAUUCGACUGUCGGCAACGGUAUGACUUCUGUUUGUAAGAUAGCCUAUAAACGAUUUUGCGGUGAGGAAAGUGCACUCCAAAAAGUGUAUAAAGACUGCAAAUAGCAAGGCGCCCAAGAACACACCAAGGAAAACAUCCAAGAAAACAUCUAAGCAAGUUAAUAAAGACACCCUUUCCCUUACUUUGCAAUAAAAUCGACUCACCAUAACGCUGCAG